AUGUCUGAAGGUUUUGUCAUUGCUUCUGAGUCUCAGCGUAAACUUUCUCGUCCUCCAGUUUUGAAUGAUUCAAGCAAUACUACCGCUGCUGCUACCCCCAUCAUCGAUAUAAAGGAUCACCAGAUAUCUUCAAGUCAAAUAAAAAAGUUGUCUGUUUUGAAUCCACCUCCAUCUUCUCUUAGAACUUUGGCCCCCAUUGUUGGUGACAACAACAACAACAACAACAACUGCCGCUCUUCAUCUUCCUCCAAUCCCCGAAGCAGUAGUAGCAGCAGUAGUUCUACUCGCAGCUCUAGCAGCGCAUCUUCCCAAUCUUCGGCAUCUGCCACAUCUUCCAGUAAUACCACAAACACGUCAGCUCCGUCUCCUCCCAGCGCUGUUUCUUCUUCAUCUUCACCAGUGACAAAUAAUUCUACUUCCUCUCGUUCAAGACAAGACGAACCUCAAGCACUUGCAUCAUCGUUUAUAAAAAGAGGUCCUCAGCAUCAGCAUCAGCAUCAGCAGCAGCAGCAACCAUAUUCCAAUUUGUAUCCACAAACUACUUCACUGUUAUCUGAAAAGGACCAAGAGGAACUUAUAAAUCAGCAUUUGUUUCUUGUUGAUCAAAAUAAUAAUAAUAAUAAUAAUAUCGUUGGUGGUGGUAUUAGUAGUAGUAACCCUUUAACAACAACUGUCAACGUUAGCCGCAACAGCCCUGCCUACAUUCCAGUCCUCAGUGUUACGAAACCUCUCUCCUCCUCUUCUUCCUCCUCCUCUUCAAGCCAAGCAACAACAACAACAACAAAACGGUCUCCUUUAUUACAACAUCAACAACAACAAUUACAGCUUCAGCAGCAGCAGCAGCACCACCACCACCACCACCAUCACAACCAAAUCCAUAACACACAACUACAACAACAACAACAACAAACUGUCUCUUAUUCUUCUUCUUCUUCUUCAAAUUCGUCGCUGUCUUCAACCUCAUCUUACAAAGUUUCAAUCAACCCUUUAGAGACCCCAGCUGCUCUUGGUAUUAAACAACAACAACAACAUUCUUUUUCGUCUUUGACAGACACCACCUUCAGACGUACUUCUGUGCAGCAGCAGCAGAAGCAACAGCAGCAGCCUUCUAACGUUCUAUCUCAGGAUUAUAAUCCUGCUAGCUUAUCCACAAUAACAACAUCAACUACUACCAACACACCAGCUGCCAUCUCCAAAGUUAAUAGUACCCGGUCUUCCGUUUCCCAUUCAAUUAGUAGAAACCCUUCAACCAGCGACGACGAAAUUACUAACCGCUUUACAAACUCGUCGUUCCGUUCCAUGUCCUCGGUCGCAACUUCCUUUGACUAUGUCCCGGACUUGCUAGCCGAAGUCAGUUCUUCUUCUUCCUCUUCUUCUCCCCAAGCAGCAGCAGCAGCCGCAGCAGCAGCCGCAACAGCAGCUUCUGGUUCAAAUAAGAAUUCUGCUAGUGCUGGCGCCGGCUCUUUUACCAACGGUAGUACUACCCCCCCCUACCUUGGUAAUAAACCUGAAAACUCACAACAACAACAACAAUCAAACAGCACACCAUACCUCACACAGCCCUUACACCCAGCGCCGCCGCCGCCGCCGCCUUCACAAUCACGAUCACAAUCACAAUCACAGCCACAAGCUUCAACUCAAACUUACGUUGAGGUUUACUCGGAGAAACACCUCUAUGAGGUCUUUGACGAUACAAAAACUGGCCCCACUCUAACUGCACCAAUAAUUAUCCCGUCAAACGGAGCUAUUAUUUCUCCCUCACCUCAUCCUCCUAUCUCCUCUUUAUCCUCAUCAUCUUCCCCAUCUGCAGCCUUGGUUUCACCAGGAAAUUCAAACUCAACAACAACCGCAGGCUCUUCUUCAAACAAUGACUCUUUUUCAUUCUCUCCCUCUACUCCAGAAUCCCCCAUUUCAUCCGCUAUCCAUGAAGAUUCCCACGCAUUAUCUUCAUCUUCAUCUUCGUCAUUUUCUCAAAACCAACAACAACAACAACAUUCUGCAGCAGCAGUAACAGCUGCAACAACAAUAUCAACAACAUCCCCCUCCUUUCCCCCUUUUUCUCAAAAUGAUGUCACAGCUUCAAACUCUGCAACAACCGCUACUUAUAGCUUUCCAGUCCAGCAAAGUCCUCUGGACAAUCCUUCUAUUGGUCCUAACACUGCAAUUGCUACCACUGCAGAAACAAACUUCCCCCUACCAGAUGAACCCGGCCACGUUCUAAAAAACCGCAAGUCAUGCGCUUCUCUUGUCUCAAACUCUUCAAAUUCCAUCUCUCUCAACCACAAGGCUUCCACCUCAUCCUUUUCAAAAAGCUUCAGCAGGCCUCGCUCAAAACCACCAAGUCUUCACAAUGAGCCUAUCCACUCUUCUGCUAACCCAAAUGAACUUCUCGGUAUGGCCAUUGACCACCCCCCAAAUAAUUCAAGCUUCAUUUCACAGGACCUUGGCUAUACAACUGCAAACGAGUCUAAUCUUUCGUUCCAUACAGCACCUUUCCCUAAUUCUGCUGCUAACCUACCUGCUACCAUAGCUACAUCUCAACCAUCACAUCCAGCCCCUCCACCCCCGCAACCACAAAAUGCCCCUCCAUCAAUUCCUCGACAGCAAUACCUCCCUACGGCACACUCUCCAUUAACUUACUCUUCCGAGUCAAGACCAGAUGAUGCUGAAAGAGAUCCAGCUAAACAAGUUUCUUCUCCCGUGAUUAGACGGAAUACUCCUGUCAUUGCUCCGCAAUCUUCGAGCUCUCGUACAUCCACAAAUACUGACUUACCGGACGUCCGCGCUACUGGUUCCCAGCGUACAAAUUCUAUGACGUUUAUGCGUCGACGGAGUCUACAACCUCAGAGCAUUGCGUCUGCAUCUGCAGAAGAACGCACCGACUACUACCGCGAGCAGGUCAAGGCCAUGCGGGAGCUUAAACGUCGGCGACAAGAAUUCGAGGAGGACGACCGAGUGCUUGUGGGUAAAAAGGUGUCUGAGGGUCACCAAAACUACACAACUGCAUAUUACAUGCUCACAGGCAUCCGUGUUUCUGUCUCUCGCUGCAAUGCCAAGGUGGAUCGUGAACUGACUGAAAAGGACUUUAAAGCGCGGCAGAAAUUAGCUUUUGACGUUGCUGGCAAUGAGCUUAUCCCCUCGUCCAAGUACGAGUUCAAAUUUAAGGAUUACUCGCCUUGGGUUUUCCGUCAUUUGCGCGCACUGUUUAAGCUCGACCCGGCUGACUACCUCAUGUCGCUUACUAGCAAGUACAUUUUGUCGGAGCUUAGUUCUCCAGGCAAGUCUGGAUCAUUUUUUUACUUUUCACGCGAUUUCCGCUUCAUCAUUAAGACAAUCCACCAUUCCGAACAUCGAAUGUUGCGCAAGAUUCUUAAGGAGUACUACAACCAUAUUAAGAAUAAUCCAAACACUUUAAUAUCCCAGUUUUAUGGGCUGCAUAGAGUCAAGCUACCAUGGGGUAAAAAAGUCCACUUUAUUGUCAUGAACAAUUUGUUCCCACCAUAUUAUGAUAUGUGCCGCACAUAUGAUUUGAAGGGUUCGUCCUUAGGCCGUGAGCAUGUUUUCAAACCUGGUGAGGAUCCUAAUCAUUCGACUGCAGUUAAGAAGGAUCUCAACUGGAAGAGCAAUAACGAGCACUUGAUUCUAGGGCCCCAGAAAACGCGUUUAUUUUUAGAACAAUUGGAACGCGACGUGGAGCUUCUUAAGCGUCUAAACAUUAUGGACUAUUCUUUGCUCAUUGGUAUCCAUGACCUCAACAAAACAGCGCCCAUGCGCCAAAGCGUUUACGUUGUGGAGCCUGCCCAUGGUGAGAAUCCCAAGCCAGGCGAGUUGCGCAAAGCUGUCACAAUGGCGAGUCCAACGGCCAUGAAUGCCCUUGACAUUGAGGAUUUCCGAUAUGGAAAUCGCAACUUAGUUUUCUAUGCUGAUCAAGGCGGAUUCCAGUCGACUGACGACAAUAACCAGCCUCUUUCGGAGAUUUACUUUUUAGGCGUGAUUGACUGCUUGACCCCGUAUACAUUUGUGAAGCGAGUGGAGACGUUUGUUAAGGGGCUUUCUCACGAACGCAUCACCAUUUCUGCAAUUCCAGCGGUGGAGUACGGCUCGCGGUUCUACAACUUUAUGAAAUCGACGAUCCAAGAACGCAAGCCAGACCCAGCGGUACCUAAAGUCACGGUCAAUAAUACAACGGCUCAAACAGAUCAAAAUGACGUGAACUCAGCAGCAGGAACUGUGCCGGCGACUCUUCGUCAUGCAAGCCAGGCUAAUGUUGAAGUGCCACGGCCAGAGAUUCCACACCGCGAGACGUUAUCGUACAGAACAGCAGGGACUCCUGAGUCGGAACCUUUGAUGACUGGCGAGCGGUAUUAA